AUGUUACGGCCUCGCGACGCGUUUGUGUGCAGCCUGCUCGUUUUGGGGGGUGCCUCCAUGGUCGCCCCGCCUAGCGCUGCUUCUGCAGACGCGCUGGGCGAGACUGGGUCGAGCGAUGCCAGGGCUAUGCAGAGCGGGCGAAAGCUCACAGGCCGGUUUUUGCACAUCACAGAUUUCCAUCCCGACCCCUUCUACAAGACCUAUUCCAGCACCAUAGCUGAAGCAGCAUGCCACCGCCAUAGAGGGCCGGCGGGUGUCUACGGCGCAGAGACAUCAGGCUGCGAUUCGCCCUUUUCUCUGAUCAAUGAGACAUUUAGAUGGAUCAACGACAAUGUCAAGGACGAGAUCGACUUUGUCAUCUGGACGGGCGACUCCGCGCGACACGACAAUGAUGAGAAGCACGUACGUACGCAGAAGCAGAUUAUAAGCCAAAACGAAUUCCUCGUCGACAAAUUCGGGGAGGUGUUUGGCGUGCCCGAUAAGGACCGCAGAGGGAUCAACGACUAUGUGAUCCCAAUCGUGCCAACGUUUGGCAACAACGACAUUAUGCCACACAACAUCUUCCUUUCUGGACCCAAUAAGUGGACUAUGAAAUACCUAGAUAUCUGGCGCAGCUUUAUUCCUGAGGCGCAAAGACAUCAGUUCCAGCAAGGUGGUUGGUUCUCAGUCGAGGUCAUUCCAGGAAAGCUGGCUGUCAUCAGCUUAAACACAAUUUACUUUUUCACUUCCAACUCCGGUGUCGACGGCUGCGCAAACAAGCACGAACCGGGCUACGAGCAUAUGGACUGGUUGCGCAUCCAGCUCAAGAUCAUGCGCGAUCGCGGCAUGAAAGCAAUACUCAUGGGACACGUGCCACCUGCUCGAGUCGACGGCAAGGAGAGCUGGGACGAAACGUGCUGGCAGAAGUACACACUCUGGGUUCAGCAGUAUCGGGAUGUGAUCGUUGGUUCGCUGUACGGACACAUGAACAUCGAUCACUUCAUGCUCCAGGACUUCGAACAGAUCGAAGACCACACAAAGAAGGGCGAUAUGGCAGCUCGGGCUCGGGCCAAGACCACUGCUGGCGAGAUCAGACUGCUUGAGGAUGGUGAGAUCACAGUGGCAUCUGCGUCAGACUACCUGCUUAGUCUAAGGAAAUUCUGGGCUCGGCUUCCGUCGCCUCUCGCAGGUUCAGAUCGCAAGUCCCGAGUCAAGUCGGAGUUUUGGGAUGAUGAGGAGGAGACGAACGAAAGCUCCACAUGGGAAUGGCUGAUGUUCAAGAUUUCCGGCUCGCAAGCACGCAGGAAGACCGGGAAGAGCACGAAGAACAAGUACCUCGAAAAGAUUGGAGGGAAGUAUGCCCAACGUUACAGUGCAUCCCUCGUCUCCCCCAGUGUAGUACCGAACUACUUUCCCACGCUCCGCAUCGUUGAGUACAACAUCACAGGUCUCGAGCAUCUGCACAUCCAUGGCAGCAGCUCUCCUGAUGUUCCCGACGAUCAACAACCAUCUAUCAAGCAUGAAUUUUCAGAUGACGAGGGAUAUAAGAGGGAAAUCGAGACUCAAGUUAAACGGAAAGAGAAGCAGAAGGAGAAGGAGAAGGUCGCAAAGCGUUCGAAGAAGUAUCGCUUCAAAGUGCCUGAGGGACCUUCCAAGUCUGCACCACCCGGUCCCGCAUACUCGCCGCAAGUAUUCACUUGGGUUCGCUACACUCAGUACUUUGCGAAUCUGACGCGCAUAAACAACGAUUUCGUCGAUCCUCUGCAUCACCAACUUGAUGUUGACAGCGAAUUCAGCUCCACGAAUGAUCUCGCUCCACGUCAGAUAUUCGGCCUUCAAGUCAGCAACGGAAAGAUCGAGUCCAAGGGCUGGAAAGAAGGCAAACACGGUAAGCACCAGGGGAAGAAGCCACGCCCAGAGCCCCAUCCGACAGAGUUCACGUAUGAAGUCGAGUACGACACCAAGGAGAAGAGGUUCCCCGACCUCACUGUGAGGCGGUGGGUUGAGUAUGCGAGAAAGAUCGGUGGUAGCGGCGCGAAGGCAGCAGAGAUCAUCGAUUAUGAAGAGGCGGAUGAGCUUGAGCAAGACUUAGGAGAGCAACAAGACGAGCUCGAAGCAGAGGGUAAGAAACACAAAAAACACAAGAAAGGAAAGAAGCAUCGCAAGGCUUCAAAGGAGUGGUUCACCUUCGUCAGGCGCGCGUUUGUGAGUACUAUGGAUCCGCGUGAAAUUAAGGAAGUGUUUGGGCAAGCAGCACCAGCACUUGAAGAGGUGCAAGAAGACAUUAUGGAACUGUGA